AUGGAAUAAGUUGCCGAAUUCACUCCAGAUAUUGUAGUCCAACAUUACAGAAUUCUCUCUUAAGGAUCCACAAAAGAUCAAAGAGCUCAAGCUAACAGAAUGAUACUCAAAUUUAUAGCGAGCGAUUCAGCAUGGCACAUUGCAGAGCAACUUUUGCUUCCUUAGUAGGGUGCAGAUAUUCAGUUUAUAGGAGCCCAGGCUUUAUAUCAGAAACUUCAAAAUGACGCUGAUUAUUUUAUGAAAGAUUAAAAUGUUAAGUCGUUAAGAGAUAGUAUUUUCAGAUUGAUAAAGGAUAUGGACAUGUAAAAAUCGAGAAUUGCAGUUGAGAGACUUUGUAUGGCCAUCGCUUAUAUUGCCAUUAAAUCUUGCAAUACAUUUUGGGAAGAUUCAAUUACUACUAUUAUUCAAGAGGGAAGUGUAGACCAAAAGCAAUGCUAUAUCUCACUCUAAAUUCUGAAGCACAUUGCUUUGAUAUUUGAUUAGUAAACUUUUGAUAAGAGAACAUCUAGUGCUGUUGAGAAUUUCCUCAGAAGCAAUUUAAGCUAACUUUUAGAGUUCUUAAAUCAAAUUAUAACUAACCCCCAAUCAGUAGCUCGUGAGUGUUAUGAUUUAGCUUUGUCAACAGCUAAGCAUUGGUGUGAAUACUCCUCAAAGACAUUUAUUCCAAAUGAUAACUUUAUUAGCUCUUUAUUUUUGUUGAUAAACUAAGGCAGUUUGGAGAGUCUUAAAGUAUUCAAGAUUUUCAAGAAACUUUUAUUUAAGUCUAAAUAUGCUAAAAUUCUGGAAUCUAGUUCUUUUGAAUAAGCUUUUCGCGAUAUUCCAGAGAAAGAUCAGCAGUUCCUUCAUUUAAUUGUCGAAUACUUAAAGAACAACAGAGAGACUUUUAUAUAGUCCGGCAAUUUAAGCUUAGAAGAUGAUGAUGCUCACACUUAUGCAAUGAAAUACACUCAGUUAUUAAUGGCAAUUUGUUAAAACUACGAAAUACUCCUCAUUAGAGAAUCAGAUACAAGCAAAGUUUUGUUUUACUUGCUCUUAGAUAAUGCUUCAUGCAAGAAUUUGAAGAUAUCUUAGUAAACUUUGGAGUUUUGGGAGGAGUUCAAAGAAACUAUUAUAAAUACCAUUGAAGACCUAAAUAAAAAGGAGUACUUGUUCAAUCCAUAUGUUGAGGUCUUCAAGAUCUUAAUAACUUAGUGCAAAAAGGCUUUGAAUCAUGCUAAAACAUAUGAAGAGUAGGAUGAAAUAGAUUAAUAGGAGAGAGGAAUGAGUGUUAUGAAGUAUAGAGAUUUUACAUAGGAUGUAUAUUUCAAGGCAUAUCUUCUAAUAAAGAAAAUAUUCAGAGAAGAGGGGUAAAAAUUAAUUUUUGGAACAAUCAUUGAAAAAAUAAAACUUGAUGACCCCAUGCUUUUUGAGAGUGCUAUUUUUACUUGUAAAAGUCUAUUAGAUGCAAUGGAGUAAUCUCAAAUAGAUAUUGAGUUCUUAAAAGUCGUAUUUGAAAGCAUUAUCGGUUAGCCAGUGUGCUAAUAAUGUAGACACAAGUUUGGUGACGAAGAGUUCUAAAUUCUUUAUAAUCAUCUUCAGCAAAAUUACACCAGUAUGCAAUAAGAUCAUGUAGGAAAACUUAUUGAGGGUGUCAGCACUAUUUGUGCUGAACUCCCACAUGAUAAGCUAGGACUUGCAAUUCAACAAACUUUAUCGAUCGCCAUUAGUUUCUUCAAUAAUAUUGAUAUUCAGAAAAUUCUGACAGACUAUGACACCAGGUUUGAAUUAGUUAAAUCUCUAGCUAUGCUUUCUGGAAGCAUUAAGGCAUUAGAACAUAUUGACUAGGAAAUUCUUUAUCAAAAUUUAUUCCCUAUCGUAUCUGGAAUUCUAAACCUACUAUUUACCAUCCUUGAGUAAAAAUAUAAUGAUACCGAAGUUGUUCUUUACAUAUGUAACUUUUUCCAAAGACUGUUCCAUGCACUUAAGUCAAAGCUAAAAGAUAUAUUCUAGUAGUUAGCUAAAUCUCUUAUAACUUGUUUCAAUCUCCAACCUGAGAAUAUUAGUUGUUUAUAGGUAUUUACACUUAGUUGUCAAAUGUUAAAAGAUGAACCUUCUGUUCAAACUACUCUGGGGUUACUAUACGAUGAAUUAUGCCAAGUAAUAAUGAGUAAAAUAUAUCUGAAAGGUUAAGUCUCAAUUGAGGCACUAAAUACUGAUGUUAUCAAAUCUCUCAGUGAAUUAAUGAAUAGAGUGGCUGAGAUGAACAUUAACAUCCUCAAGAAUUCUAAGUAUUUCAAUGACAUCAUCAUUCUAUUCAGUGAAACACUUCUAAAUGUUAAUGAAAAAGAGACUAACAAUUAACUCGUAUUGUUUUUCUGCUAUCUUAUCCAAAGUAGAAAUGCAAUGGAUAUAGUUGAUAAGUAUCUGGAUUACAUGACUGUGGGGUUGAUAUGCUCCAUUCCAAAAGAAUAGGGAACAUUACUAGAAAAAAUAUCCAAUGCUCUCGUAAUUUUAAUGAAUAAUGCUGAGACUUCUGGUUAAACUGAUAGACUUUAAAUGAUUAUGGCAAUGGCUCUGUAGAAACCAGUUUACUCUUUCCUUUCUGAAAGGAUUAGAUAGUUAUUUAUUAAUGUGCUAUUCUCUUUGAAAUUCUUCCGUCCAAAGAUAAGACUGGCUCUUGUAAAUAUGAAUGGAUUGGUAAAUGGAGUAAUAGGAGAGGAUUCAUUUAUUGGUUUGGAGAUAGAAGCACAGAAUGCAUUAAAGUUGCAACAAGCUCAGAUGUAGAGGGAAGGUACUGCAUAAGUGAUAAAUCUUGAUUGA